AUGGCAUCAGUUGAAGCACUCUCAUGUCCGAUCUGUACAAAUCUUGUAGAAAAUAAUAGAGAGUGUAAUGCUUGUGGAACACUGUAUUGUUAUGAGUGUAUAAAAGAGUGGUCGGAGAGAAAUCCAUCUUGUCCUCAGUGUAGAAAAUCUAUUAUUAUAAAAGAUCAAAAUGAUUCCUCUAGUUUUGCGUUUAAUAGAUUUGUAGAGAGGACUGUAAAUGAUUUGGAAGUUGAUUGUCCUAAUCAAUGUUCUCAAAAGAAGGUUAAAAGAGGAAAUUUAAAGGAUCAUCUUGAGAGACUUUGUGAGAAUAUUUCAAAACCUUGUGAUAUGGCAAAAUAUGGAUGUUUGUAUUGUGGAAAAAUAACUGAUCUACAAAAGCACUAUGAGGAAUGUUCUUAUUAUAAGGUUAGACAUAUUUUGGAGAAGUAUGAGCUUCAGGUACUUGAAUUGACAUCAAAGUUAUCAACUCUGGAACAGAGAAAUGCCAUGUUGGGAUUGGAUAAUGAAGAAUUGAAAGAUAAGGUCAGAAAAUUGAAUGCUCAACUUCAAAAACAACCAACACCUUCACAUACUACUCCAUCAAAUAAUUCCACUCAAAAUACUAGUAGUGGAACAGGUUAUCAACAACAGCAACAACAACAAAAUAGAUUUUCCAGUCCAACUGGAGGAUCUUCUCAUCAACAGAAUAAUUAUCAGAAUAAUAAUGCCAACUAUCAGAAUUAUAGCAAUAAUCGUAGUAAUGUAAAUUCAAAUCCGGGAAACAAUCCAUUUAGUAGUAAUUAUCAAUCCUAUAAUAAUAAUUCAAACUAUUCCCAUCAACAAAAUCAAAAUAAUCGAAACAAUAAUGGAAACGCCCAUCAGCACGACAGACGAGGUUCAAAGAAAAGUGAAUGUAAACAACAAUAAUUUAUUGAACUCUUUGUAAAUAAUCAUUGGAUUAAAUUUUUAUCCAUCUUUCUGAUUUCUUUGAUGUAAAAUUUUGACAGUACCUCCUUCUUGAUCUAUUUGAUUAUUUCAAAUAACCACACUAGCCAAUUGUUUCAUUUUUUAAUUGUUUAUUACAAGUUCAUUUGGGAAAGCAUGGACACAAUCUCCUCUCCAUAGGAUGUGAAUUCUCACAUUUAAAUCUCGAUCUUCGAUGACCCAACACACAACGAUUCUCUGAAUCAACAUUUGGUGCCAAUGACUUGAGUAAAACUGAUUCAUUUUCGCAU